AUGGUAUUCUGCUCGCUGCAGCGACCACCUUCAGAAAUGAUUUCGCGUGAAGGUGCCAAGUACCGCAUCCGACGCAAGCUACGGAGCGGUCAUUUCGGCGACAUCUACCUAGGCACCAACAACAUUUCGGGCGAAGAAGUUGCCAUCAAGCUCGAAAGCGUCAAAGCUGAACACCAUCAGCUGGAAUAUGAAGCCCGUGUCUACAAGUCACUGGCCGGCGGUGUUGGUAUCCCUUUCGUACGCUGGUUCGGUACCGAAUGUGACUACAAUGCCAUGGUUAUCGACCUUCUCGGCCCUAGUUUGGAGGAUCUAUUCAACAUCUGCAAUCGCAAAUAUUCCCUAAAGACUGUCUUGCUACUCGCCGAUCAGCUCAUCACUCGUAUCGAGUACAUUCACGCCAAGUCUUUCAUCCACCGUGAUAUCAAGCCCGACAACGUCCUCAUGGGACUUGGAAAACGGGGCAACCAGGUCAACAUURUUGACUUUGACUCACGUUCACAUCCCUUACCGUGA